AUGGCGGCUCAUCAACUGUGCAGAUCUCAGGUCAAGAUGCUGGCAGGUUUCUUCUUUUUGCUCCUCGUCACAGAUGCAGUUACAUACAAUUCCUCAGAAGAUCCAAGGCGUCAACACAAGGACUAUCGGGACAAUGCGAGAGAUAGGAACCACAGCAACGACAACAACAACAACAACUGCUCCCAUCGGGAUGUUUAUAAGUACUUGAACAUGACGGAAGGCAAUGCGAAGACCGCGAUCCGGCCCGGUUCUGAUUCAUCGCCCACAGAGGUGAUCCUCGACGUUCUGCUCUUUUCCAUCCUUGACGUGAACGAGAAGGAACAGCAAUUUAUUUCUUACCUUUGGGUUGAUUCGUGGUGGGAUGAUCCAGACCUGUCUUGGAAUUCUGAAGAUUUCUGUUACAUUUACACGAUUUAUCCUCCUACGAAUGCAUUGUGGAAGCCAGAUGUAUCUAUUGAAGAGAUGACACAGAAGAACAAGGCUCUUUCCAGUCCUUAUCUCAAGCUUUACUCGAGCGGACAAGUCUUUUUUAGGACCUACAUGGUGGUGGUCACCAACUGCCCGAUGGAAGUCUACAUGUUUCCCUUCGAUGUUCAGGAAUGCAACCUGACUUUCAAGUCCACCAUACACACUAGUCAGCAUUUGGAGCUUACUGUGUUUGGUGACUCCUCGUGGAACACAGAACUGUCUCUGGAGAACAUGGCCCAGUCCGAGUGGCUGUUCAUCGACAUGGUCAACGAACACCAUAUUGUCAACAAUUUUUACCUCCAACAAAGCGUGAUGGUUUACACUAUCACCAUGAAGAGGCGGUCUGCCCUCUACAUCGCUAACUUCUUGCUACCGAUCCUGUUCUUCUUGUGUCUGGACUUGGCCUCCUUCCUGAUCCCAGACAACGGGGGGGAGAAGCUCAGCUUCAAGGUCACGGUGCUGCUUGCCGUCACUGUGAUGCAACUUAUUCUGAAUGAAAUUCUGCCUUCCUCUUCAGACAGGAUUCCUCUAAUAGCCAUCUACUGCAUUGGGAUUUUUGGUUUGAUGAUGUUGAGCCUCCUGGAGACGAUUUUGAUGAUGUAUCUGUUGGAGAGAGACUCGGCAUCCCGAGAUAAUGAAGCAAAUGAAGAGCAACGAAAAGCUGACUGUUGUACAAAGUUGAAGAAAUGGAUUUCCUGCGCUGGUGUCUGCAAUGUGUCUGUCGAUGAAACUCCGCCUGAACAACUGUCGGUGACCACAGAGGCCAACAGCAGCCAACCGACUGAGGAGUCCAAUGCUUUGGAAAAGAUCUCAGAUGAGCUGAAGGAGUUGGAGAAGACACUGACUCAGGUCUUAAACUGCAGGGAGAAAGAAAGGAAGCCCGGCUACUGGACCAGAGUGGCUAAAAUAAUUAACAUAGUUUUCUUCUUUUUCUAUGUCAUAGCUGCCAUCACGUUGUUAACUGGUCUCUUUUUGCUAUGGAACACAGGGAAGUAG